AAGCAUAUUCGCAACAUAAGCCUAUUUUUCUGCCAUCCGAAUUUUGUUCCUUCGGUCGCCCAAACCAAAACAAAGCUUGAAAAGCACAAAUCUUUCUGCUAUACGCCCAGUGACCCUUCUCACAUUCUCAAAAUCUCUGGUAUCGCCUCUUUUACCUGACAAAAGAAGUUUAAAAGAAAAAAGAGAGAAAGAAACCCUAAAGGUGCAUGAAGAAUAAGAUGACUGCUGAUGUUGACCAGACAUCUCCAAUUGAACUCCAAAAAGUUAAGAUGUCUAGAAAAAAUGCUUCAUCUGAUUCAUCAACUACUGGUCCAAAGAUGUCCAUUUUUGCUGCGAAGUCUGGAUUUAUCAUACCAAAAAACAAGCUUUUGGGUUCAUUAGUUCCAGUAUUCAAAGGAGGUAAAAAGCCAGGAGGCAAUGAUGCAGCCAGUGAAGAAAGUACCAACCAGGUGCUGAGGAAGACAAAAUGGGGCCCUGAUCCAACCCAAGAUGCUGCGGUCAAAAAGGGAAGAGCCUUAGCUUAUCAGACUCGAGUGGAUCAAAUUACACAACAGCUGAAGUCAGGAAUUCUAGAAUCUGGGGGAGCUGAAGACUCAGAAGUAGCUGAUCAGCAUGCAGAUCCCAACUUAUCCAGUCCCAAAAUUGACUCCAAGGACUUGGAACUUUUGAAACUUGAAUGGCGGGAAGUUAUAGGUGAAAUACUGAAGCUGAAUCCAAGCUACAAGGCUCCACCUGAUUAUGAUCCUCUAUUGAAAGAGGCUACAUUUCCUAUUCCUGUCAAGGACCAUCCUCGGUGCAAUUUUGUUGGUCUAAUAUUUGGGCCUGGAGGUGAGACUCAGAAGCGAUUAGAAAAGGAAACUGGUGCCAGAAUACAUGUACUUGGAACCAAAGCAAAUACGGGGGAAAAGGUUGAGAUUUCUCCCUCUGGUGGGAAUGACACCCAGGAUGCAUAUGAGGAGUUGAAUGUUCAUGUAUCAGCAGACACAUUUGAGAAAGUUGAUGGAGCAAUUGCCCUGAUUGAAUUGCUAGUUACCUCAGUAUCAGGAAAUUUAAUGGAUGGGAAUAACAUGAAUUUUCUUAAUCAAAGUCAGGGGCAAUCUACUCCUUUUCUACUCCCAACUAGUGACCAGGGAGUGGGGCAAUCAGUCGUUGGGUCUGCACAAACUCCUCAACAAACUCAGUUCCAAUACCAUGGUCUACAGUUCCCUGGAGUCUUAGCUCAAGCUCCAGGACACCCUCGUAGCUUCAUCCCCAGCCAUAAUUCAUCAGCACCAAUUCAUAACAACACUUUACCUGUACAUUCAUUACCUUUGAAUCCUACAGCCAUGGCUUCAAUGCUUGGGCCUCAACCACUUCCAGCAUCUGGAUUGAAUCUAAUUCUUCAGAACACACCCCUUGUUCCUUCCAGGUCACAGCUGCCAAUGCAAGUUCCAUCACAUCCAUAUCCACCAAGAAAUUUCUCCAUGCCAACUUCCCAGCCGUCAUCUGCUCAAACAAACAUUUUGGCUUCAUUUCAAUUCAGUGGUAACCAACCUCCACCAGCCAUGCUAUCUCCAGUUUCUGGGUCAUUAGCAUCAUCAUUGCUUCGGCCUGUAUCAACUGUUCCACCUGGACCGCAAUCUGACAGGCCACUGAACCCUCUGGGGAGCUCUUCCGGAUGGUCUGCAGCUCCUACUGGUGUUUCAGCUUCUUUAGGUGAUACAGGGCAAAUGGUUCCUCCUAUGAUCUCUUUUCAGGAUCCUUGGCCUUUGGCUCCACAACCAGGUUUUCUGUCCUCUGCACUACCUUCAAACAUGCCAGCAGCUAAUAUAGUUUCUUCCGUAUCAUUUCCAUCUGGUCCAUCCACUAUCAAUAUUCCUAUCAAUCAUCCGAGUGGAGCCUCGAGUUUUGCUUCUGUUCCACCCCCUCAAAUGGGUUCUUCCUCCAUGGCUAUGCUAAUCCAAUCUUCAUCAGUGGGCAUGGCUGCUGCACCCCUAACUCAUGCAUCAGUAGGCCCUGUACCUGGAAGGAUGCCAGUUGCAUUACCAAUGGCAUCCACAUCACAACCAACUCCACAGUCUGGAAUUAUAGGAUCUUUCCCUGGACAUGCAGUAAGUUCUACUCCCACAAGACCACCGGCAAGAGGUCCAAAUCCUCUGCAUUCAGGUCCCAGUGAUUUUACUUUUCAGCUUCAUCAUUCAAUGAAUCCAGCUGCUCAAUUAUUUCCCGGGCCAAACAAUCAGUCUGGAGCUCAAGAUACCCGAUUUCCUAGACCUCCAAUUCAGCCAUCAUCAUCUCAAGUUUCAUCUUUCAGGAUGGCUGUGCCCAAUUCAAUUUCUUCACCUGGCAUGCAUUCGUUCUCAAGCCCAAGAAUAGGCAAUCAGAUGGGUCAAACUCAGGCUCACAUGCCUCCUAUCCCCUUUGCUGGGAGCUCUACAGGGACCUUGAUGGCACCCAGAGUGCCGGCAUUUUCAAAUGCAAGUCCAAUUAUACUACAAACUAGGAAUUUCAGUCCAAUUCCCCAACUACCGAACUUGGCUGGCCCUUUUCCUCCCAGGCCACCGAAUCCCCUGCAAGUUCAGCCAACUUAUCCGGCUCCAAUAACUCCUAGAGGCAAUUUCAUUCCCCCUAAUCAGCAAUCCAGUAGGAACCUCUCUUUUGCAUCAGGUCCUGGAGGCCAGCAAAUUUAUGAUCCAUUCUCACCCACUUCUGUUUCUAAUAUGCCUCAACAUCAAGGAGAUAAUCUGGUCAAGGGAAGAAAACCAGAGGCUGAUCCUGAGUAUGAAGAUUUGAUGACCUCAGUUGGAGUAAAGUAACUCUUUGAAAUGACUUGGUUGAUGGAAAGAAUACAAAACUUUUAUUUGGUGCUUCUGAAUUAAUUGUUGCUUGAUUCUCUUUGAAAUGUUACUUUUGAUUGGAAUAUAGUGUUUUGUCUUCAAUGAUUAUAAUGUUGUAGAUU